AUGUCUUCCACACAAGGCACUUGGGACACUGGUGAACAAAUCCGAGAACACAAAUUGGCCUGCUCUGCCAUUAAUCUGCACGGCACCGAAGAUGCAGUCUUUGAUGACACCCAAUUCAACCUGCUCAAGCAAUUCACCGACAACAUCUCGAGCGAGAACCGCGAUGCCAUACUGCAAGAAAAUGGAUGGACGGAUGAGCCUGACUCGAGACCUGGCAUGAAAGCGGCUGCAAAUGGCGGGAGCCUGUCUGGGCUCCUGAUUGCCCGGUAUGGCACUGAAGAUCCUGCAUUGGAUGAUAGGGAUUGGGGAUUGUUGAAGGAUUGGCUCGAGAGGGGAAAACCGACGGGACAACAUGUUCAACGAUAG